UGUUUAGGGAUUCCCAUAAGUGUCUUUCCUUGGGCAGUCUAUUGGUCUGUGGGCGCGCUGGUCUCCCAGUACCGAAUACACUCGGUUGAUUAUGGUACAAACAAAAGAAAACCCAAUAUUUUAGUUGUGAUUUGUUCACAAUGCAUAUAUAUUGGAUUUAAGACAACAGAUCAGUUAAACUAUACGAUGGCGAUACCCAAAUAAACCGUUGAAACAAGAAGAAUACAAACACUCAAGCUCCAAUUCUUCAUCAAUGGCAACGGGGGUCAUUGUGGAGCUCCAAAGAAACUCUCCCAACUGGGCCACGGUAGUGGAAGACAUAGUGAAGCUAGAGCGAAAGAUCUUUCCCAAACAUGAAUCUCUUGCUGGAAGCUUUGAUGAAGAACUGAGAAAGAAGAACAGUGGGUUGCUUUACAGGGAGGUAGAUGGUGAAGUUGCAGGCUAUGUCAUGUAUUCCUGGCCUUCUUCCCUGUACGCUUCUGUCACAAAGCUCGCAGUGAGGGAUGCUUGUAGGAAGCAAGGCUAUGGAGAGGCACUGCUGACAGCAGCCAUUCAGAAAUGCAGAACCAGAAAUGUGCAGCGCAUAACGCUUCACGUUGAUCCCUUGAGGACUCCUGCCGUGAAUCUUUACAAGAAACUCGGUUUCAAAAUCGAUAACCUCAUAGAAGGUUACUACUCUUCUGAUCGAAAUGCCUAUAGAAUGUACUUGGAUUUUGAUGCCAGCCAGUGAAAUAGAGGUCAUAAUUUCUCCCAAGAUAUGCAUUUUCUCAAUUUUUGCUUAAGCAAGCUGCUGGAACAAUAUUUACUUGUGGGGAAAUUUUAGAAACAAGUUUUUUGUCUUUUGGUUUUAGCAGGGCUGGCACUCUUGUCAGCAGUAUGUGGACAUUAUGGGAAUUUGAAGACGAACUAGUUAGCAAAUGUGUUUGUUUUGAUAAGAGAAUUUAGUUUGAUUUGUAAGCUAUCAUAUAAGGAGUUGGGCUAAACACUCUUAACUUCGCAAUUA